AUGGGCUUGAAGCAACGGAUUUCGAAAUGGCUGCCCUCCUCGCCGAGUCUACCGUUGGACGACUCGUCGCGCGAAAAGGGUCGCAACGUUUCUAGAUUCGCCUUUUUCAAGCGGAGGAUACGGCUGAAGGGCAACUCGUCGAUUUCGAUACCCCUGGGAUUCGUACUCCUAUUCCCGUGUAUCGUCAUCGUCCUUGUCCUGCUUCUCUUCGUCCGGCAUCCCGCCUCCCCCGGUGGCAUCCUCAUUCCUGCAGGCACGCCCCCGUCUAUAAGAAAAAUUAGCGAAAAGUACGAUAGGGUCUUUGCGACGGGAUGUCUCCCGGUCGAAAAGGAGGUGGAAGGCAAGCGAGCCAACGCCGCAUUCGUCGUUCUUGCCAGGAAUAAGGAGCUCGACGGCGUGAUAGAAUCGCUCAAAUCCAUUGAGAGACAUUUCAACCGAUGGUUUCACUACCCUUAUGUGUUCUUGAACGACGGUGAUUUCGACGAUACGUUUAUGCAGGGUGUGAAGAACUAUACCAGUGCUCCCGUUGAAUUUGGAAAGAUCGAUGACAGCAUGUGGGGUUAUCCCAAGUGGGCCAACGAAGAGGUGGCCAAGGAAGGCAUCAGAAAACAGGGUGAUGCUGCUAUCAUGUACGGAGGAAUGGAGAGCUACCAUCACAUGUGCCGAUUCUAUUCUGGACAUUUCUACAAGCACCCUCUCCUGAUGAAGUACGAGUGGUACUGGCGUCUGGAGCCCGAGAUCAAGUAUUUCUGUGACAUUACUUAUGACCCUUUUGUCAAAAUGGCCGAGGCCAAUAAAACCUACGGAUUCACCAUUGCCGUCAAGGAACUGCGCGAGACCGUCCCCAACAUCUUCCGUUAUGCGUCAGCCUACAAGCGAAAGAACAAUUUGCCAUCCAAGGGCCUGUGGGAGAUGUUCCUGGAGAGAGACCCCGAGGAAGAACCCAAGCUCGAAGAGGAAAAGCAAGAGAAGCUUCCCGAGGAAAUCUUGCAGAACGAACCCGGCGAGAACACCGUUCCUGACGUCGACCCGGAAGCCAUGGAGGGCGAGAAAUAUAACAUGUGCCAUUUCUGGAGUAACUUUGAGAUUGCGCGAUUGGAUUGGUUCCGCAGCAAAGAGUAUGAGGAGUUCUUCGAGAUGAUGGACCGCAGUGGAGGGUUCUGGACCGAACGAUGGGGUGAUGCGCCGAUUCAUUCACUUGCCGCCGGUGCCCUCCUGUCCCCCGCCGAUAUCCACUAUUUCCGUGACUUUGGUUACCGACACACUACCAUUCAGCACUGUCCCGCCAACGCUCCUGCCCGCCAAUUGCCUCGGAUCCCUUGGCUUGAAAUGACCACGCAAGACGAGAAGGAGCGCUUCGAAGAGGAUGAAUAUUGGGCCAACUCUGACCCAGUGAAGGAGAAUGGUGUCGGCUGCAGAUGUAGAUGCGAUACGGAUAUUGUGGAUGUCGAGGGCAAGCAAGGCAGCUGUCUCGCCGAGUGGGUGGAAGUUGCGGGAGGCUGGGCAUCGCCCUAG